CAGUGGAUAAUACACAUUAGUCUUGACGAGAGUAAAAAGUUUUAGUGAUACUGAGUACUGGUAUUUUAGAUUCUGCUGAGUGUAAAGAUGGAACUGUAUUAAACUGAUCACCGGAAAACUAGUAUUAUUCUUGCAUAAGUAGAACUGAUAUCAAUAUAAUUAUUUAAAUUAGAUCAACUCUACAGAUGUUUGAAAUAUGAGUUAUGAGUAGAGAGUAAAAAAAAAGGUCACCUGUUGACCUUGAUCUAAUAAUCAUGGAAGAGCCAUCCUUGAUACCUGAACAUCCCAAAAAUCAAGAUGGAGAAACUAUAGAACUACCCUUACCUUUGACCAAAAUUCCCCCCGCUACAGAAUUUCUUGAAAGUCGUCACAGAUGGAAUACUAAUGAGGAAAUUGCUUCCAUUUUGAUUGCUUUUGAUCAUCAUAAAGAAUGGCAGAUGAGAGAAUUAAAGAUAAGACCUCCAAGUGGAUCAAUGAUGCUAUACAACAGGAAAACAGUGAGAUAUCGGAAGGAUGGAUAUUGUUGGAAAAAACGUAAAGAUGCUAAAACCAUUCGCGAAGAUCAUAUGAAACUCAAAGUUCAGGGUGUAGAGUGUAUUUAUGGAUUAUAUGUACAUUCUGCUAUUUUACCCACUUUUCAUCGUAGAUGUUAUUGGCUCUUACAGAAUACCGACAUUGUUCUAGUUCAUUAUUUAAAUGUACCUUGUCCUACUAACACUAAACUCAGCAUUCCUGUUAUGUCAUAUGAUAAAGAGAAAAAAGAAUGGACCAAAGAAGAACUUGUUGAUCAACUCAGACCCAUGUUUAAUUCAGGUAGACCUGGAGAACAUAAUUUACUCGAUGAUGUACUAGAGUCAGUGGUUCAACAGACAGUUGAUGUUGAAGAUAAUAAAGCCGGUCCUAGUACUUCACACUUACAUCCUUCACUGAAAAACCCUCAUUCCAAAACCUCCAGAUUAUCUCAGAAAAUCAAAUCCACACUGAAUGUUGCUCACAAUCAACUUAACACCCUAAAUGAACAAAACAUACAUUUAAGCCAGACUCAGGGAAUAUGCACCAAUCAACUGGUCAUAUCUUCCUCAUCAAAUUCUGCUACUGCAGCUGCUGGGAACGCAGACAUCAACCCUACUUCUGGACCUCUCAUUCUCAAUGUACAGGGGGGGAGUGGUGUCAUUAUUGUCAGUGGCCAGAGCACCCAUCCCAUUUCAAUCCUCAAUAACUCUCUUACGUCACAACUCCACUCAGACGUUCUUGGAUCCUACAUCAAUACUGCUGACAGACAGACGUCAUUUCCAUCAAUGAUCAACACACUCCCGAUUAUACCAUCUCCAGUUGUUAGAAAAACAACCUCAAACCAGAACCAAGCUGAACACAUAUCUAAUCCUCCUGAAACCAAUAAAUCCUCAUUACAAAUGCAGCUAAAUGACAGCCAUCUUCAUGAGCAGACCACCGAUAUAAAACGACAAACUACAAGUCAAAACUCACUAUCUUUGGACAAUCAACAUAGACAUCAUGCCACUCGAUGUGAUGUCAACUUUUCCUCACAUUUUGGUGCUCAGUGUUUUGGCGGUGAAUCUGGUACCAGUAAAGACAAUUCUCUAUCAGUCAGUGAUAACUGUGAUACCCUAGAUGGCAGCUUUUCAUCUUUUCCUGGAACUGAUCUCAACCUGGAAUAUUUACUUGAUCUCCAAGAACUGGACGACUGUUCAGAUCUAGCUUCUAGUGCUAUGGCUGAUUCCCGAAGUGGACUUAGUGCACCUGCCGGUCCUGUUGUGACGUCAGGGAUAAAUAUAUCAAGCACCUCGUUAUCUAACUCUUUGACACUUGUUGAUAGUACUUCAUGUCUUGAUAAUCAAAACAUGGGUAGUCUUCAACAUACAGCUGGUCAAAAGUUGAUAUCACGAUCGCACCAUACACCUAAUGUGACUUGUAAUCCAAGUGAAUCUACUGCUACUGGGUCUGGACAACUAAGUGAGUUUGUGGCAGCAAUAACACCCGCUAUUGGUGCUCAAUCUGUGCAAAUUGAAUCUGACAUAUUUGAAUCUCCAGCUAUUAUUACAGAUUUUUCACCAGACUGGUCUUUUGAAACGGGAGGAACAAAAGUAUUGGUGACUGGACCAUGGUAUUCAUCAUCAUCAGCCUAUUCCUGUUUAUUUGAUGGUAAAAGUGUUCCAGCAACUUUAGUACAGUUUGGUGUAUUGAGAUGUUUUACACCAUCACAUCAUGCUGGUCAAGUUAUGUUACAAGUAGCUAAAGAUGGUUUUGUUAUAUCACAUUGUGAAGUAUUUGAGUUUAAAGUAGAGUUUAAACCAGAUGAGGAUGUGCUCAAAGAACAAGAUAAAAGUUAUAAAGUAGAUCUUCAUCCAGAAUGGUUCUCAAUGAGUAAUGAUCUGUUAAAACAGUUGUUAAUAGAGAGAUUAGAAGAGUUAGAGAAGAGAAUUUCACCAGGUGAUAAAACAAUGCCAUGUAUACCUAAACAGAAUCGAUCAUGCCAUGGUGAUGAUGAGAAAGCUUUUGUUUGUUAUUGUGAAGAGUUAGCCAAGUUACCGUGGUUAAAUGUAGAAGCCUAUCCUAAAGCAGGUCGUGGUGGUAUGACCUUAUUACAUCUAGCAGCAGCUUUAGGUUAUGCUAAAUUAAUCACUACAUUUAUAAGAUGGAGAUCUGAUAAUCCAAGUCUAGUAUUUGAAUAUGAAGUAGAUGCUCACAGUGUGGAUAAUCAUGCUUGUACACCAUUGAUGUGGGCAUGUGCUAAAGGUAACACAGAUGCAUCUUUAACUUUAUAUCACUGGAAUUCUGGACCGCUAAAGAUAUGUAACAAGGAUGGACAGCUGCCAUUAACUAUCGCACAAUUAAAGGGACAUCACAACCUUGCCGAUCAAAUUAAGAAUUUGGAAACCAACAGAUCAAAAAGCUCUUCUUUUCCAUCGGCAACAUUCACAUCACCGGAGACGUUACAUAUUUCUCAUCCAGAGAUUGAAUCAACCAAUUUCUUCACAAGCCAAGAAGAAAAAAAUAACACAAAAAACAAAAUACAGAGUCUACAUGUUGACAUCCCCCCACCUCUUCCAUACCAGGGGGAGAGUAAACUUGUAAGACGAUUAAGUGAACAAGCGAUCAACAAAGCUCAAAGAAAAUUAUCUAAAAGAUAUUCUGUAGAUGUGAUAUCAAAUGAUACGGUUGUAGAACAAACAUCCACAUCUUGCCAAGUACCAAAACCUGUUCGUGGAUCAAAUUCUGAACCUCAUCUACCCUUGAUUAUAGACACUCGUUCAUCAAAUGAGAAUUUAUUACUGUCUGUGAAUACGAGAGAUAUGACAUCAUCUGAUGUAUUAAUGCCAGUAGAUAAUGAGAAGAUAGGCAGUUACCAAUCUACCAGUAACCCAGUUAAACAAGGUUUACUUGUUCACUUAGAUACAGAUAUAUCUAUGAGAAGUGAUAGUCCUUAUGUUGAUGUAGAGAAAGCUGUAUCAGAUGAUGAAACUACAGUUCAAGAUGAUCAACAAGGUAGUGGUAUAGAAUCGAAACAUCAGAUGGUAACAUUAGCUAAUCAGAUUAUAGCUGCUAUACCAGAACGAAUUAAAUUAUCACCAUCUAAAGAUGAAGAAUGUGAAUCAACAACAAGUCGAGCUAGAAGUGAAUCUUAUAGUUCACUACCAUCACAAGAAUCAUCCCAUGCUUCAUCAUUUGGUGAUGAUUCAGGAAUAGCUACUCCUAUGACAGAUAGUUUAGCUUUUGAUGAAUAUAGAUAUACUGAUCUAGGUACACCUCAAUCAUCAUUAAGUCCCGAUUCGACAUGUUUACAAAGUCCUUACAGUCCUUAUAGCUUUACACUAGACUCACCACCACCUACUACUGCUGACUUUUUAGAAUAUUUUAAUGCACCAUCAACAUACAUGGAAAAAGAUUUCUCUAAGCUCACAUUAACUGACCAAGAACAACGUAAAUUGUAUGUGGCUGCAAAAGUUAUACAGAAUGCUUACAGAGUUUAUCGGGAUAAACAACAUCAGAUACAGCAGAGAAAAGAAAUAGAAGCAGCCAUCUUGAUACAAAGUUACUACAGAAGAUAUAAACAAUAUGCCUAUUUUAAAAAAAUGUCUCAUGCUGCUGUUCUCAUUCAAAAUCAGUUUCGUAGUUAUUAUGCCCAAAAACGGAAGAAGAUUGCUGCAGGUGGCCAGGGUCAAUAUUUAGCAUACUCUAAAGAUAGAGUUAAAAAAGGUCGUAAUCAGUCAGUUAUAAUACAACAAAGAUACAGGAGCCAUUAUCAGAGAAAGUCAUUAGAUGGUAAAGAAGGAAGUAGUAGUGGACAACAAUCACAAGAAGCAGCUGAAAGGGAGCUAUAUGAAGUCGGUUGAUGUUUUUUCUAUAAAGCUCCCCACCUCCGGACUCGAACCCCCCGUCUCGAGAUGGCAGCCCUCUAACAGAUGCUGAUUCUUCCUGCUGUAAAGAGAGUGGAAAUGACAUUGAAGAAGACAAAGAUUAUUGAUAUCU